AUGUGGGCCUGGUCAUUUUAUACGUCCCCUUUCUACCGACCCGACGCAACGCCUCAAGAUGACCCCGCCAUGUUACUCCCCACAGCUUUAGAAUGCGCGACCCUGCCCUCGUCAAGCGUACCAGUGAGUCUCCAUCCCACACUAGCCCAGAUUUUGAUACCGCACCACGCGAGCCUGGACCUGAUUCCCUCGCCGCACUUUCGAGAUAGCGCUAUUAUGGUAGCGGCUGCCCUGCCACAAUUUUCCAAUUUAUGGGAAUUGAAGGUGGAUUUAUAUACUAGGGGCGGUCUGAUGCUGAUGAGGAAUCCAUGUGCCCCUUGGGGGCAACCUGGAAGGCUACCUCUUGGUUCCUGA